UACAUUUUGAGGACUGGGAGGUGUUCAUUCUCUUUUUUCUAAAGCUGGAGCAAAACGCAGGGAAUGCUGAAAUCGUGCUCGAAAAUAAUUGUUUUAUUGCUGGAAACCCACCUUAUUAGAUUGAUUAUUGUAGUGUCUGGCGAUGGCGCAUGAAGGAUUUUUUCCCGAGAUCUACGGUCUCCUCUUUGUCUUUUAUGUGGUACACUGCACACGGGGAGAACUGACCUACUCCGUUCAGGAGGAGCUGAAGCCCGGAUCUGUUAUCGGAAAUAUCGCCAAGGAUUUAGGACUGGGAUCGCAAGAAAUAUAUGCUCGUAAUGCCCGUGUUGAAAUGGAAGGAAGCGAGAAGGAGUAUAUCAGAGUUGACCUGAGAAACAGAGAUUUAUUGGUCGCGGGAAGAAUAGACAGAGAGGAGCACUGUGGACAAAAUCCAACCUGUGUUCUCAAAUUUGACCUGCUUUUAGAAAAUCCUCUAGAACUACACCGGUUGUCCCUUCAAGUACAGGAUAUAAAUGAUCAUUCCCCAGUGUUUCAAAAGGACACGGUGAAGCUGGAAAUUAGCGAGUCCGCUGUCAAAGGAGCCAGGUAUCGCAUUAAUGCAGCUCACGAUGCAGACAUAGGCCAGAACGCAGUUCAAAGCUACAUCCUGCAACAAAACUCCCAUUUUGUGUUUAAUGUUCAGACAACAAGUGCGGGCAGUAAAUACGGAGAGCUGGUUUUAGAUAAAGAGUUAGACCGAGAGGAGCAGCAAGAACUAACAUUAUUGCUAACAGCUGUAGAUGGUGGAUCUCCGGAGAGAUCAGGGACUGUUGUCAUACAAGUCACUGUGCUCGAUGCUAAUGAUAAUGCUCCCGUGUUUACCGAGGCUGUGUAUACAGCCAGGUUAGCGGAAAAUGCUCCUUUAAAAACUCCAGUUAUACAAGUAAGCGCAACAGAUGCAGAUGAAGGUGUUAAUGGCGAGGUGACAUAUGAGUUUGGCAGAAUCUCUGAUAAAUCAGAAAAGCUUUUUUCACUUGAUGAAAAAACUGGAGAAAUUGUUGUAGCGGGUGAAAUAGAUUAUGAGGAAGGAUCGAAAUAUGAACUAAUGAUUGAAGCCAAAGAUGGUUACGGGCUGUCUUCAGAAGCUAAAGUGAUUAUUGAUAUCACUGAUGUAAAUGACAACGCACCAUUAAUAUAUUUAAAAUCUCUGUCCACUCCCACACCUGAGAAUGUGUCACCUGGUACAGAGGUGGGCAUCAUCAAUGUGCAGGACAGAGACUCUGAGAACAACCGUCAGGUCCGCUGCUCCGUCCAGCAAAAUGUCCCUUUUAAGUUGGUUCCUUCUAUUAAAAACUAUUAUUCUCUGGUGACCACAGGACAACUGGACCGUGAACUAGUGUCUGAUUACAACAUUACAAUCACUGCCACUGAUGAGGGCUCUCCACCUCUGUCCUCCUCUAAAACUGUUCAGUUAUCUGUAGCUGACAUCAACGACAACCCACCUGUGUUUGAGGAACAGUCCUACAGCGCAUAUGUGAGUGAAAAUAACAAACCUGGCUCCACUUUAUGUUCCGUUACUGCUAGAGACCCUGACUGGAGACAAAACGGUACAGUGAUCUAUUCUCUGUUACCUGGUGAGGUGAACGGUGCCUCGGUGUCCUCCUAUCUAUCUGUUAACGGAGACACGGGGGUGAUCCACGCUGUGAGGUCGUUUGAUUAUGAACUGUUCAGGAGUUUUAAGGUCCAUAUGAUGGCCAGAGACAACGGUUCUCCUCCACUCAGCAGCAACGUGACCGUCAGUGUGUUCAUAUCGGAUGUGAAUGACAACUCUCCUCAGAUACUGUACCCCGCCCCGGAGGGCAGCUCCUUCAUGACCGAGCUGGUCCCCAAAGCUGCACAUGGAGGGUCUCUGGUGUCCAAAGUGAUAGCGGUGGACGCAGACUCUGGACAGAACGCCUGGCUGUCCUAUCAGAUAGUCAAAGCUACAGAUCCUGGACUUUUCAGUAUCGAUCUCCACAGUGGAGAGAUCAGGACACAGCGGGACAUUUCAGAAUCUGACAGCAUGAAACAGAACCUGAUUGUUGCAGUGAAAGAUAAUGGACAGCCCUCUCUGUCUGCCACCUGUGCCAUGUAUUUACUUAUUUCUGAUAACUUGGCUGAGGUGCCAGAACUGAAAGACAUUUCUUAUGAUGAGAAGAACUCCAAACUGACCUCUUAUCUGAUCAUUGCUCUGGUUUCUGUGUCCACCUUCUUCCUGACCUUCAUCAUCAUCAUCCUGGGUGUGAGAUUCUGUCGCAGGAGAAAGCCCAGACUGUUGUUUGAUGGAGCAGUAGCCAUCCCCGGAGCUUAUCUCCCUCCUAAUUACGCAGAUGUUGAUGGAACAGGAACUUUACGCAGCACUUACAAUUAUGACGCCUACCUGACAACAGGAUCUAGAACCAGUGACUUUAAGUUUGUGUCAUCCUACAAUGACAACACGCUGCCUGCUGACCAGACUCUGAAGAAAAGUCCUACAGAGUUUGCUGAUCUGUUUGGAGACAACAAUGACUUUCCUGAGGUAACAAGACACCUGAUUUAAUAAACUUUCCAUUAUAGCUUUA